AUGGCUCCUAAUGGUGAGACAAAUCAUAAGAUAUUAACAACUACCUAUCACACUGAUCCAUCAUCAUCACUCAUCAAUGACAAUCGUUUAUGUUUAUUUAUCAAUGAAAAAUGGUAUGAUCUAACACAAUGGCAAAAUAUACAUCCAGGUGGUCGAGAAAUUCUACAGCAUUUAAAUGGCAAAGAUGCAACCGAUGCAUUUUAUGCUCUUCAUAGUGAAGAUGCUUUUAAACGGCUGUCUAAUCUAAAACCUUGCUCUCCACUUCAAACUCAAUACACACUACCAUAUAUAGAAACAACGAAUCUUACAUUUUCAUUUCGACAAUUACGUGAAAAAUUAAUUAAAGAAGGUCAUUUUAAUCGAUCAUUAUUUUGGGAAUCAUUUUAUCAAAUUUCCGUUUAUGUCAUGUGUUUAUUUGGUACAUUCUGCCAUUUUUAUUGGGGAUAUAAUCUUUUAGCUAUGAUUAUUAUUGGAUUUGGUAUGCAGCAAUCAGGUUGGAUUGGACACGAUUAUGCUCAUGGAAGAGGCACAUGGAUGCGAUGGUUAUGUAGAACAUUAUCAGGUUUCAUUAAUGCAUUUAGUCCAACUUGGUGGUCGCGGAAGCAUAAUACUCAUCAUAUCUAUACGAAUAAUCUUGGCAUCGAUACAGAUGUAGCUAAUGAUCCAGUAUUUCAUUUAUUUUUUCCUCCGAAAGAAAAAGAUUUUUGGUUUCGAGCUUAUCAACAUUACUAUUUUAUGCCUGUCUAUUCAUUAUUGUAUUUAAGUUGGCGAUGGCAAUCUAUUCAAUAUUCAUAUUAUUCAUCGCUCUACUAUGAACUUGCUUUUAUGUUACCAAGCUAUAUUUGGCUUUGUAUGCUUGGUUGGCAAGUAGCUAUGGGCUCAGUACUUUUUGGUGGUUUUCUUGUUGCCAUUAUUGUUACAGCAACACAUCAAAGUGAAGAAAUGUUAAAUGAUUCUAGCCGUUCAUUUGUUGAAACACAAUUCUUAACAACUUGUGAUGCGCGAUGUGAUAAUUUUUUUAUGGAAUGGUUAUGGGGCGGAAUGCAAUAUCAAUUAGAACAUCAUUUAUUUCCGACGAUGCCAAAAUAUAAUUACGCUCGUGUGAGACCCAUUGUUCAACAAUGGGCAAAAGAUAAUGGUAUUAAAUAUAAAAUUGAAAGUGUUUGGUCAAUUUGGCAACGAAAUUUUCAAACAUUAAAACAUUUCUCAAGUUAA